AUGCCCGCCUUCAGCGGCAUGCCCUACAAACUCCAAAUUAGACCACAGAGCAAGUUUGAGCAUGUGGUGUUCAGCUCCCUGUCUGUGGACUUCAAGAUGACAGAUUUUAACAUGUACCGUCUGGCCAAGCUGCGGCAAGACUUGCAGGUGAAAUAUCAUCAGACCAAUAAUGGGGUAUUAGAACUGUGCGAGCGUCUGUACAGACUGUGGGAGUGUCUGGAUGAAGACCAGAUAUACAGAGACAACUUCCUCAAGGUGCACCCUGGCUGCCAUGCAGCCACUGAAGCUGCCAUCAAGGAGGAAAUCAAGUGCUGCGAGAAGAUUCAGGUGUUGGUAGCGAAUGUGCGCACAGAAAUCAAGCACAUGUGGGACAACAACUCGAGCCAGCAGCAAGAAGAGUUUGUCCACUACUACCAGGACAUCUUCAAUGAAGAAACCCUCCGGAUACAUAAAAUGUAUCUGGAUAGGAUUACUAACUACUACAAUGAGCACAAGCCCAUCUUCGAGUUGGUGGCGACGCGCAGGAAGCUGUGGCUGAAGCAGGCCGCGCUGGACGCGCGCGUGGCCGAGCCCGGCCGCCUGCACAACCGCGGCGGGAACCUGCUCCGCGAGGAGAAGGAGAGGAAAGCUAUCGAAGUUAAUCUCCCGAAAAUUGAGACCCAAAUUCGCGAAGUAGCAACAGAGUACGAGGCGAAAUCCGGCAAUACCUUCACCGUGGACGGAGUACCUCUACUGCAGCUUAUCGAGGACGAAAAGGAGUCGAGGAUAGCUGUAAGUAACUUGAGCGGGUACCUAAUGAUUCCCCGAAAAUUAAUUCGCAGAUUAUCGAUUCGCCGAAUAUCGUUUCGCAGAGUGAUUCAUUUGUAGAUGUAACUAUUGGUCGGCUAACGUUACGCAUACUCUUGGUUCACAUACAGUUCAGUUCGCUUCUGCGUAAAUUAGCAGAACAAUUUAUUGGACGAUUUUCAUUUGGCAGAGUAAUCUUUUCGUUUAAGGAAUGUUUAGUCGAAUAACGUUUCACAUUUUAUACAUCGUUAUUUUCGAAAUAAAAUCGUUUUACAAAAAAAAAACUGACUUAAGAGAGGAUGAAAUACAAUAUUAUCCUAUUUUUAGGGUCCUAGUCAACUAGGAACCCUUAUAGUUUCGCCAUGUCCGUCUGUCUGUCUGAGGCUUUGCUCCGUGGUCGUUAGUGCUAAAAAGCUGAAAUUUGGCAUGG